GCCUCAAUACUUCAAACCUUUUUCUAUAUCAUUGUUAGCAUAUAUAUUUAUCUAGUGGAAUGGCAUGGUAGAUUGAUGUUCAAUUUGCAUAAACAAGAUGAUGUGUUAAUCUUAUUAGGCACAUUAAAUGGUAUUAUAAAAAUAAUAUUAAUUGUGUGGGCAUGCGAGACCGGCAAGAAUCAGGCUCAAGAAAUUCGCAGUACGAUUCACUAUGUACUUAACAGCAUCAGAGGCGAGAAAAUAAAAUAUGAGUUGCAGUUAUUUUCCUUACAAACACUGCAUUGCAAAAUUACGUUUUCCACCAAAGGUUUCAAUGUGGAUGCAACAUUUCUUGCGAUAAUGGUGGGUACCACUGCCACAUAUAUAUUAAUAUCGGUACAAUUCCUUGUUAUGUCACAUUCUUGUGAUGAAAAAUCUGCACUCAACAUUACAUGAAUGAUGUAAUUUAUAAAAAGAUAA